ACAAUUUCCAUUGUACAUCCGCACAAGCAAACUUCUAGAGAAAACAAAAAGAUGAGCUACGCCGCUGAUGUUUUGAACUCGGCCCACUUGGAGCUACAUGGCGGUGGUGACGCCGAGCUGCGCCGUCCCUUCGAUCCUACGGCCCAUGAUUUGGAUGCCUCGUUCCGCCUAACGAGAUUCGCCGACCUCAAGGGACGCGGGUGCAAGGUGCCGCAGGAUGUGCUCUCCAAGCUUGUGUCUGCCCUGCAGCAGGACUACUCUGCUCAGGACCAGGAACCACAGUUCCUCAACGUGGCCAUUCCCCGAAUCGGCAUCGGUUUGGAUUGCUCCGUAAUUCCACUGCGCCAUGGCGGCCUGUGCUUGGUGCAGACCAGAUUCUUCUAUCCAAUUGUUGACGAUCCCUACAUGAUGGGCAAGAUUGCCUGCGCUAACGUGCUGAGUGAUCUGUACGCCAUGGGCGUCACCGAUUGCGACAACAUGCUGAUGCUGCUGGCUGUCAGUACGAAGAUGACCGAAAAGGAACGCGAUGUGGUAAUUCCACUAAUUAUGCGCGGCUUCAAGGACUCUGCAUUGGAGGCGGGCACCACUGUUACCGGCGGUCAAAGCGUAGUCAAUCCCUGGUGCACCAUCGGUGGAGUGGCGUCGACCAUUUGCCAGCCCAAUGAGUAUAUUGUACCGGAUAAUGCCGUCGUCGGCGAUGUCCUGGUCCUGACCAAGCCGCUGGGUACUCAGGUUGCGGUGAAUGCGCACCAGUGGAUCGAUCAGCCGGAGCGCUGGAACCGCAUUAAGCUAGUAGUAUCCGAGGAGGAUGUGAGGAAGGCCUAUCACCGCGCCAUGAACUCCAUGUCGCGCCUGAACCGCGUCGCCGCUCGUCUCAUGCACAAGUACAAUGCCCAUGGCGCUACCGAUAUCACUGGAUUCGGUCUGCUGGGUCACGCUCAAACUUUGGCCGCUCACCAGAAGAAGGAUGUGUCCUUCGUCAUUCACAACCUGCCGGUUAUCGCAAAGAUGGCCGCAGUGGCUAAGGCCUGCGGUAACAUGUUCCAGCUGCUUCAGGGACACUCGGCGGAGACCUCCGGCGGAUUGCUGAUCUGUUUGCCGCGCGAACAGGCUGCCGCUUAUUGCAAGGACAUUGAGAAGCAGGAGGGCUACCAGGCCUGGAUCAUUGGUAUCGUCGAGAAGGGCAACAAGACUGCCCGCAUCAUCGACAAGCCACGAGUCAUCGAGGUGCCAGCCAAGGAUUAGAGAGAGAGAGAGAGAGAGAGAGAGAGAGAGAAAUGGAACGGAACUCCAGGCGCUUGUGUCUAUUUUAAGUAUCGUAAUUUUAACGUAACUGCUGCUCGCCUCAGUUGUAACCGCCAUCAUCGGUCUUUGUUUUUUAUAAAAAAGCUUUUCAACUAAUAACACAAGAUCAAUCAGUGAUCAACGUAAAUAUGGACAUCGCAACUGCAAUACGAGUAAAUAAAAAUGGAAAACACUUGACUCUUUUGUAUCGAGUAAACGAA